GGGUGGGAGGGUUGAUGGCAUCAGCAUCAUCUGGAUGCAUGUUAUGUUGGAAUAUUGUGGUCAAGAUGUGGGGGACUUGUCUUCGAGACUAUCAAUAUCAACAUGCUCGUCUGAAGCUCACCCAAGCAAGUGUGUAGUAUGCAAAGAACACACUCCUCUCUACAGAGUGAAACCCCCCCCCCACAUCUAUACCGAACCACCCCACAUCUCCCAGACCAUCCGAUCUAUACAACUAACAACUCACCAGCUUCCAGACCCAAAGACAUCAACCCAGAAUACAUUCACAGACCCUCACUCCAAUCCCUGCAUUCACUAGCAGAAACUACCCACAAUUCUGGGAAUAGAAUCCCCGAAUCCCCCUACAGCAGUCAGCACAGCCCAACAAUGCAACCAUCUGCAUCGCUGACAAACCAAUAUAUCUAUCUAUCUUCCAGUCUCAUCCAACCCACAACACAGCAUAAUCCACUCACCCUCGCCACAAACCGAAGUGACCUCGUCAGUACCUUCCAGAGACAAUCACCCCCUGACCCAACCAGACCCAAUUGUCCUUCACCACUCACCCCCGACCCCACCAACCAAAUCGCCCGCCAACCCUCGUAUCUCGUAUCCUCUUCCACCACCACCACCACCACCACCACCAUCACCAACUACCUAACCAGCUACCUAAAUAUAUACAGCGCAGUCACACACCAUAGGUAGGUAAGGAGGUAGAAUAACCCGAAAGAAGAAGAAGAAGAAGAUGAUGAUGAUGAUGAUGACGAUGACGAUGAUGCGGCUUUAUUCCCCAAACAAGCCUCGGUGUGGGUAUGAUGCUACCACCACGAACUCAAGCUUUCCACCCACUCCGCUCACCAGAUGUGAGAUGUGAGACGUGAGAUCAUCUUGCACGUUACGUUACAAGGCGCGCAGGAGAUGUAAGCCAUAGAAACCUGUCCAUAGAGCGAGGGACAGCUGGUCUUACUUACUGUACUCUGUACUCAGUCUGUACUGGGGGCGGGUCUAGUCGGCUACAGUGGGAAGGGUGGGCUGAGGGGGGGCGAAGUUAAUAAAUGCGAGGGUAUGUAUGAUG